AUGGCAAAAAGGAAAAGCAAGAACAAAAGGGCGAAAAGGACCACAAAGAUUGGUCAGGCGGCCGUGCUGACAGGCGCUGUUUGGACGGCGUGGAGACUACACAUCCUUAAAUGUGGGCCGACAUGGCUGUGGGUGGCGAUUACUUUAACACAUGUCCUUUGCGCCUGCAUCAGUGAAGUAUUGCAGCUGAAGGCCAGCGACUUUCAUUGGAACGCACGCAGUGUCACUAUUGCGGCUUUGAAACGCCAACCACAGGUGAACAAAGUGCUGAUGGGGGCCAUUCUACCAACACUCCGGAAGCUGAAAAAGGAAGGAAAAACUGUCAGACGCAAGAGAAAUUGUGGAGUCCGUGGACAGGUGAGCUUCCAAGACAGCUGGAUGUGGCCUUCAGGACAGAAAUACCUAUUCCCUGACCGCUCUGGCAAGUCACAUCUCAAGAAAGACAUUGUGUGUCACGCCAUCAAAAAGAUACGGAACACAUUUCCAGUCAGUGGCUCUGAGAAGAUACGGUCACAUUCAGGGCGGCAUUCCAUGAUAAACAUGCUCAAGAGCCACAAUGUCCCAGCAGAUGUUGGGAUGAGUUUCGCUCGGAUUUCCCACAAACGUACCUAUGAUCUUUAUGGCCAGCUGAACCAGUUGCAAGCAGGACAGGCUUUGAACUCCAACAUGCGCUUGAAGAAAAGCUUGAAAACCAUGUACAGCUGA